AUGGUUUUGAAUGCAGCCGCGCAAGUGUUAAGGGAAGCAGAUGAACUGAAGCAGAAAAUAUUACAGUUUAAUUCGGGUACCACUCUAUUACAAGAUCGAAGUCUUUGGACAACUCAACAACAGUUGCAAAAAGCUUACCAAAAAGUUUUAACAUUAGAUUUGGAUUAUGCAUUGGAGAAGAAAGUUGAGCAAGAUCUCUGGAAUAUUGGAUUUAAACAACAAAUUGAGGCAUUGCAAGCUAUAUCAAAAGAUCGAAAGAAUGGUCAACGGAGUGAAGCACAGUCUAUGCUCUCAUGGGUCCUUCAGGCUGCCGCUGGCUUCUACUUGAGCUUGUUACACCAAAUCUGUACCGGUUAUAAACUAGACUUGCCAUUUAGACGCCGAGCAUCUCUUGUCGGAGCAAUUGAAGGUUGGGACACAAGUGCAGGUGUUCUGAUAAAAAACAGCAAAUCUGGAGUUGCCGGAGCCAGAUAUGCAUGCCAGCAUUGUCUUGUUCAUCUUGGUGACCUGGCUCGGUACAGACAACAGCUUAGAGUUGCUCACACAUUCUACAGACAUGCGCUAGCUGUGUCACCACAUUCUGGACAACCUUAUAACCAGCUGGCGCUAGUAGCAUGGCGACGCGGGCGACGUCUAGCGGCGGUUUAUUGGCAUGUUCGUUCGUUGCUCGUGCGUGCGCCGUUCCCUCCCGCCCCCGCCAAUCUCGCCAGGACUUUAGCUGCUGCUGCAAGUCGUGAUGGAAAAGAGGUUGCCCCAUUACCCGUUUUAAGUGAAGUGAUAAAAACUAAAUCGGUAACAGUGACUAAGUCCAGGCUUGAUUCGCAUUCUUAUGUCACAGAGCUAUUGAGAGCACUACACUAUCUACAUACUGUGGAACACUUGGAGAGUGCAUCGGAAUUAGUGAAUACUUUAAAUAAUUCCAUAUCUCUUCUCAUUGCUACAGACAGUUUUGAUUCUUUGACACUUAUUAAGAUGGCGUGCCUUAUUAUCUGGAUAGUACACUCAACGACAGAAGACUUUUCUAUUGAAACUGAAGCUUUAAGUGAAUCGGAAGGUCAGGCUGCCCAACUGGCUGGGUCGAUUGCGAGCGCGACUGUACUUGCUUUUCUCCUGCCGGCUUAUACAGCCGACCAACCGCCACAGAAAACAUUACCUACUUUAAAAAUAUUUCUUCAAUGGAUCGUCUGUCAGCCAAAAGCUGUGAAAACAUCAGCGUGGAUGUCCAGGCCUCAAAUUUGGGCUGCCUUGGCUCAUGUCUUUAAUAAGUUGACGGAGACUGCUUCCUUUCAUGACGAUAAAUUUGACUUAGUGCCAUUACCGGAAGACGAAGAGCUGAAUGGCUUCCUGCCUCUGGAGGAAGUAUUGAAAGGUUUACAUUUCACGAACCACGCUUCAUGGUCGCAGGACUUGGCUGAAAUCGAAAUUAGUGAUGAUGCUGGGCUUGAUGUUACCGCACUAAGCUUGGUGGGAGAGCCGGAGCUGGAACACCGUGUACGGGCAAGGAGAAUCGUAUUGCUUGGCAAGCGGCUCGCCGACCAGCACUCCGAACAACUAACAUAUACCGAAGAUGAUGAAAAAGUAACAUUCACCGCAAGCGCAGUUGGUGGGGAACAAUUGACUGAAGCGUUGGAGUCGUUAUCGAUUGUGCAAAAGGAAUUAAACCCGGAACCGGUUGAAGAAUCUGACCCUGGACCGCCGCCGCCUAUCAUCAUAUCCGAAGCCGAUUUUAGAGAAAAGGUUCGAGAAAAGCGUGUAGGUAUAUUAAAGCCGCAGGGUUCUCUAGAACGGGCUCGUGAAGAACGUGCGCUCGCCACUAGCAACACCGAGGAUUCUACGGAGACUGCUAAGGACGAGGUCGAUGUAAAGACCGAAGAGAAGAAAGAGUCUCGUAAGCCACGUGUUAACAUCGCGAUGGCAGCUAUCAUGCGAAAACAAGAGGAGAUUAACAAACAGGUGAAAUUCGUAACUCCACCGCCAACACCGGAGUCUACUAGCGACGCCAGCGAAGCCAAAGAUGAUACACCCAAAGUCAUACAACCGAAAGCGAUGAAGUCCCUCGCGAAUCUGCCCAUAGGAAAGAAAACAGGAGGAAUUUUAUCGCUUAAAGACAAAUCUGCAGGCUACCCUCACUUAGUCAACGCAGAACCAGAUAAAAAGCAAACAGAACAAGAAGAAAAAUUCGACAAACCUCAACCUCAAAACACCCAGAAAAGACAAGACUCUCCUUGGCAGCAAAACUUUGACGCCCAGAGGAACUACCAAAAAACCUAUGGGAUUACAAACCCCGGCAGCGGCUACAACCCGAAUUAUCAGUCUCCCAAUCAGGGUAUACGGCUUCCCGUGGUGAACCCCAAAGAAAUAGAUGUUAGAACAGCGGCGCUGCAAAAGCAAAGUUCACGCCAAGAACUUUUCCAAGAUGGCCACAAGUUCAACCAGAAUUACCAAGUGUCUGGGGAUAAAAAGAAUUUCCUAAAUGACUUACCUCCGAGGUUUGCCAAUCAGUACCGUUAUUGGCAAGCGGCACAGGACAGCCAAGCGAAUGAAAAUAAGUUUAGGGAUGACAGUUUCAAAGCUAACACAUUCGCGCCGCAGCAGUCGUGGCCCGCACCCGAACAAAAUUACCAGCCAAUGUCCUGGUGGAAGCCGGAACAGCAGUCCUUCGCGCCAAUGAACCUGCCAAGCUUCUACCCGCAACAGGCGCCUCAUAUCUCGAAUCCGUACCAAAACAUGCAAUUUAAUCAGAUGCCUGGGCAGAACGUGCCAAACAUGAGCACAAACAUGCCACAGUUGAACCAAAAUCUGCCACAUUUGAGCCAGAACGUGUCAAGUUUAGGCCAGAAUAUGCAAAAUCAGAUCCAGCUUGGCUCCAACCCCUCGAUGCAAAGUAAGCCAGAGAACUAUGCGGUCGGCCAAACGCCAAUGCCGACGUUACAAAAUUUAGUGCCGUCACCGAGCUUCAAUUCUUCCAUAAGUAGUUUCGGAACGUACAAUCCACCGGUGAGCUACGAUUCCGCGAUGUACCCGCAGUUUGGCAAGUACUACCAACCGCGGCAAAUGUUAGACAAGUCCGGCUUCCCUAAUAAGGAGGUUGGCAUGAAUUUUGCCGCCAACUCUGUGAACAUGCAGAGAUUGAAUUUCAACGAAACAUUUAGUCACGAUGCUGGCGGAAUUAAUCCUAUGGAUCCUGUCAGUGGCCAGUCCAGCAGUCUUCAAGUUGCACGUGGACUUGACAACCCAAAAGACACGAACACUUACUCGCUCUUCAGCGGCUCAGAAGUACCCGGACACUCUCAUCUACCGCAGCAGUCGCUAUGGUCCGGCCCCGGGUCGCCCCUCGAACGGCUUCUCGAACAACAGAAACAAAAUAAGCAACCGCCACACUGA